CAUCAGCUGUCGACCCACCGCGAAGGAAGGUUCGCGCAAUCUUGGUUUGGGAUUACGUUUUCCAGAUUCCGAUCUUCGUGCGAUGGCGGCUGCCGCAAGCAACCAGAUCAAGAACGCGAAAUUGGUCCUUCUUGGAGAUGUGGCCACUGGAAAGUCGAGUCUCGUAUUGCGGUUUGUGAAAGGCCAGUUUGUUGAAUUCCAGGAAUCAACCAUAGGUGCUGCAUUCUUUUCGCAAGUAGUCGCUGUCAAUGAUGAAUCAGUGAAAUUUGAGAUUUGGGAUACUGCUGGACAAGAGAGGUACCAUAGCUUGGCCCCUAUGUACUACAGAGGAGCUGCAGCUGCUGUGGUUGUCUACGAUAUAACAAAUGCGGCUACCUUUGCUCGAGCGAAGAAGUGGGUUCAAGAACUUCAGGCCCAAGGUAGCCCAAAUACCAUUGUUGCUCUUGCUGGUAACAAAGCUGAUCUGUUGGAAGCUAGACAGGUUUCAGCUGAGGUAAGAAACUCUUGGCGAUGCCUUAUCCAUUAUAGUAGAUAUUAUAAUUUUUAAGAUGUAUUCAGCUUAUUAUUCUUAAUUUCAUUGAGAUUCACCUG